AUGAACAAUAAUAAUUGGAAUAAGAUUCAAGAAGAAUUCAUCCGUAGAAGCAGACAAGCCGCAGCUCAAAGCUCAGGAUCAGGUAAAAAUCCAAGAUCACCAUUUGGUAUUUUUGCUGGAUUUGGGGGUUUAUUGUUAUUAGGAGGUGCAAGUAUGUUAGCACAAAGUGCCCUCUUCAAUGUGGAUGGUGGUCAAAGAGCCAUUGUUUAUUCCCGUGUUAAUGGGGUCCAACCAAAUAUAUAUAAUGAAGGUACCCACUUUGUUUUACCAUGGUUACAAAGGCCAAUUAUCUAUGAUGUUAGAGCUAAACCAAGAAAUGUUGCAUCAUUAACAGGUACUAAAGAUUUACAAAUGGUUAAUAUUACUUGUAGAGUUUUAUUUAGACCAAACGUUGACGAAUUACCAAACAUUUAUCGUACUUUAGGAAGAGAUUAUGAUGAAAAGAUAUUACCAUCGAUUGUCAAUGAAGUUUUAAAAUCAGUUGUUGCUCAAUUCAAUGCUUCACAAUUGAUCACUCAAAGAGAAAAAGUCAGUAGAUUAGUCAAGGAAAAUUUAGUUAGAAGAGCUAAGAAAUUUGAUAUUUUAUUAGAUGAUGUAUCAUUAACUUUUAUGACCUUUUCACCAGAAUUUAGUGCUGCUGUUGAAGCUAAACAAAUUGCUCAACAAGAUGCUCAAAGAGCUGCUUUCGUUGUAAGUAAAGCCAUUCAAGAAAAACAACAAUUGGUGGUUAAAGCUGCUGGUGAAGCCAAAUCUGCUGAAUUGAUUGGUGAAGCCAUUAAAAAGUCCAAAGAUUAUGUUGAAUUAAAGAGAUUGGAUACUGCUAGAGAAAUUGCUGCAAUUCUUGCCAAUUCACCAAAUAAAAUCAUGUUAGAUAACGAUACUUUGUUAUUGAAUACUGUUACUGACGGUAGAAAAUAA